CAAGGAUACGCCACAGCCGAAUUCGACUCCUGCGCUCGCUCAUGGUGUCGAUCAAGGCGCCGCAAGUGGCCAUGGCCGCCGGCCUGGCGCUCGUGCUUGCAUCCAUCGCGUACGUUCUCUCCAAGGACAAGUCGGCUACGCGCUCGCUCCCGCCGACGAGCCCGAAGGCCAAAGCCAACGGCUGCUGCAACGGCUCGGGCGCGUGCUCGUCGUCGACUGCCGACGCGGCCGAGCCCAAGCCGGUGACCGUGCGCAUCUUGUAUGGCACGCACACGGGCACGGCCAAAGGCUUUGCCGAUGCGCUGCAGAAGAAGCUGUUUGCGCUCAACGUCGCCGGGUAUGCGUUCGAGCCGAGCGUCGUCGACAUGAAGGACUACGACCAGGACAACUUGGAGCACGAGGAGGUCGUCAUCUCGAUCCUCUCGACGUGGACGAACGGCGUGCCGCCCGAGUCGGCCAAGCUCUUCUUCAACUGGAUCACGGACAUGGCGCAGGACUUCCGCGUCUCCAAGACGUGGCUCAAGCACGUGCACGUGGCCACGUACGGGCUCGGCAACGCCGAGUACGACGAGCACUACUGCACGGCCGCCAAGCAGCUCAGCAAGCACUUUGCGACGCUUGGCGCCAACCGCCUCAUCAAGCGCGGCGACGGCGACGACAACCAGGACCAGUCGGCGCACUUUGAGAUGUGGUCCGACAUGCUCGUGGCGUCGCUCUGCGAGCAGUACGGAUCGCUGGCCGCCCCCAAGCAAGAGGCCAAGGAAUUCCUCUCUCAGAAGGAGUUUCGCCGCCAGAAGCGCAAGGAGAAGGCCAUCGCGGCCGGCGAAGAUGACGAAGAGGUCAUGAUCACGGACGAAGAUCGCAUGAACGAGAUCGUGCUCGAGGAAGACGACGACGAGGACGACGCGCCCAAGCCCAAGGGCGACGGCGUCGUCGACGUCGAGGACCUCGGUGUCGUCAUGAAGGAGUCGGAGGCCGCGGCGCUCAACCGCGAGAUGGUCACGCCGCUCCAGCGCAAGGCGCUGACGAAGGAAGGGUACAAGAUCAUUGGCACACAUAGCGCAGUGAAGCUCUGCCGCUGGACCAAGCACCAGCUGCGCGGCCGCGGCGGCUGCUACAAGCACACUUUCUACGGCAUCACGAGCUACCAAUGCAUGGAGACGACGCCGUCGCUCGCGUGCGCCAACAAGUGCGUCUUUUGCUGGCGCCACCACAAGAACCCGGUUGGGCGCGAGUGGCGCUGGAAGACGGACGACCCGGUCGAGCUUGUCGAGGGCGCGAUCUCGCGGCACCAAAACAUGAUCAAGGAGGUCAAGGGUCUUCCGGGUCUUAUCCAGAGCCGGUGGGAGGAGGCCUUCACGGUCAAGCACUGCGCGCUCAGCCUCGUCGGCGAGCCCAUCAUGUACCCGCACAUCAACGAGUUUUGCAAGGAGCUGCACGCGCGCCAGAUCUCGUCCUUCUUGGUCACGAACGCACAGUUCCCGGACAAGAUUGCCGAGCUUGAGCCCAUUACGCAGCUCUACGUGAGUGUCGACGCUGCGACCAAGGACUCGCUCAAGGCCAUCGAUCGCCCGCUCUUCAAGGACUUCUGGGAGCGUUUCUUGAGCUGCCUCCGCCAGCUCAAGGCCAAGGGCCAGCGCACGGUCUACCGCAUGACGCUUGUGAAGGAGCACAACAUGAAGGAGAUUGACAACUACGUCGAGCUCAUCCAGAUCGGCAUGCCCGACCUGAUUGAGAUCAAGGCCGUGACGUACUGCGGCAAGAGCGACGCGUCCGACUUGACGAUCAAGCACGUGCCGUACCACGAGGAAGUCCGGGCGUUCUGCGAGCUCCUCUGCUCCAAGCUCGGCGGCGCCUAUGGCCUCGCGACGGAGCACGCGCACUCGAACUGCGUGCUGCUGGCCAAGACCCAGUUCAAGAUCGACGGCCACUGGCACACGUGGAUCGACUACGACAAGUUUCACGAGCUCAUCCAGCGCUACUACGCGGAUGGUACGCCGUUCUCGACGAUGGACUACAUUGCGCCGACGCCCCACUGGGCCGUGUACGACGCGCCAGAGGCCGGCUUUGACCCGAUCGAGACGCGCUUCCGCCGCACGAAAGAAGGCAAGGUGGUCGAAAUCGAGUACACUGCGACCGACUCGGGCUGCGGCUAAGCACGCUCCGUGACAACGCAGCUCACUUCAAUACACAGACCACUGAAUGGAGAUACCAAUUCCUUUGCGUGUCA